AGUCACUUCUCUUGAAGUUUGUCACUUGUGUGCCACUUAUAUUUUGGAUCGCCAGUGUGAGGUCUCAUCUUCACAGGACGGCAUCUCGAUCACCGCUUGAAUAGAUUAGAUAAGGAUAGUUUAACGCUCAAGUGAUUGAUUAUUCAUCACAAAUUUCCUGUCAUCAUUCAGAAGGGACAUCUUGGGCUCCCCUUGGUUAUCAUGACGUGUUUUGCUGUGAUCAUUCUGUCUGGAUUCAUCAGCAUCUCAGCAGCAAAGGAAGCAUGUGAUCACUAUGCUGCAGUUGGACAGAGUCUGACUCUGCCUCUUGACUUUAAGGGACUGAAAAACACACAUGGGCUGAGAUGGUAUCACAAUGCUAAGAUCCUGUUUGACAGACAAGGAGACAGAGUGUCUGUUGGAAAGCCAGGGGACGUUUCUGCAACCGGAGAUCUUCAGCUGAAGAACCUGCAGUUCUCCAGUGCAGGCGUUUACCAAGCAGAUUACGGUAUUUCGAAGGAAGAUUGGAGUCUCUGUGUGAUGGACAAGGUGUCAAAACCUCAACUAACUUAUGUGUGUGACUUCAAGUCCAGCACUGUUAAUCUAAACUGCGAUGUAUCCAAGCCUCAGGGUUUGGAUUUCUCAUGGAUGCCCGAUGACACGUCGUCAACGAGACAAACGUUGAGCGUAUCGUUCAAAGAGCAGAGGAGCUUCACAUGCAGCGUGGCAAACAACGUCAGCAGUGCGAGGAGUGACACUGUUCGUCCAACCUGCACACAUCCAUCACCGUCACCACCCAAUUUGCUUUGUUUUCCAUCCAAAACUGUUGUGGCAGCGGUCGCAGGAGGAGUGAGUCUGAUUCUGCUUUUGAUUGUCAUCGUCAUCGUAUUAUGUUUCUACUACAGAUGCAACAAGACUCAAAAGGGACUCAGGGAGAAAGGGGCCGUCAGAAUGCUUUCUGUAAACAUGCGAGAACCGGACAUCAGCCCAGAUUAUGAGACCAUGAACCCGACUGAGAACCCUCCUCCCCCGAGCCCCAAGCCUCCACCGAGAGCAUGUAACCAGAACGUUCCUCCGCCCGAAGCUCAGACUGGAAACGGCCUUCUGCAGCUGUCCACCGUCGCUGAGAGACAACCACCUUCGCCUGUGCCGAAGCCAAGGACCAAGACAACAAAUAUCGGAAUGUGUCUCCCUCAAGAAACUUUCAGCGACAAAGAAAAAAUUUGUGGCUUAAACACAUACAACUGAAAGUUUACAUUUUUAUCCUGCAUAGUCUUUAUCGCUGUGUCAAUAUCUUUGUAGGAGUGAUGGGUUAAAUGUUUAUAAAUAUGUGGCGAAAUUAUAUUUCAGAAUAAAAAAGAUUUUGUGUAAAAAAGUGACGGUGCAGUAGAUUGAGGAUGGGGAGGUUGAUGUUCUGUAUUUUUAUUAAAGUCCACAAAUCGAAA